AUGUCCAGACAGUGUGUAAACUUACCGACCAUCAAAUCCACCAUCUUUGACCAAGAAGAUGAACGUAGUGUCGUCUACUUUUUGGGACACGAUCCUGUUCUUGAUCAAUACAAAGUAGUUUGCACUCUUGUGUCAUCCUCGGAAGAUUUGGUCAAGAUAACCUCGGAGCACUGGGUCUUCGUACUAGAAGUUGGAGGUUCCUGGAAGAGAAUUGAGUUUGAUCAACCUCAUAUUUCUACAAGACCUGGAUUGUGCAUAAGUGGAGUUAUUUAUUAUCUCGCUUUCACUAGUAUGUCUCACGAUAUAGUUGUCAGCUUUGACGUCAGGUCUGAAGAGUUUAAUAUAAUCCAAGCGCCUCUUGUGGUGUCUGCAUUUGUUGACUCUGUGGGUUUUUUAGAGUAUGGUGGUAAACCAGCUAUUAUUGAUCAUACCAGUCUUGGUCAAAACGGUUUGGUGGACAUAUGGGUCUUAGAAGAUGUUGGAAACUGGUCGAGGAGAUCUCUGAGUUUGCAGCCUUGUCAUAUUCAUUUAGUCGAUAGCAACAUUGAGUGGACGAUGGAAGGUGCAACCCAAAACGGCGAGAUUAUCUUGGCACCGUUUGAGUUGUGUUCCCCUUUUUACAUCCUCUGUUAUGAUCUAAAGAAGAAUGUUUUGAGAAAGGUUGAAAUCAAAGGAAUACUAGACCACAAGUUUAGUAGCUUGGACGUUAAUUUGACUCUUAUGGAUAAAAGUGAUAGCAUUGUCCACUUGGAUACUUAA